AUGGAUCAAAACAUUCCUACAUCUAUUAGUAAUAAUAAAUUUCAAAUACAAAUCAAUCAUGAUUAUGAUGAUGGUAAUGAUUUAAUAAAAUCUCAUCAUUUGAAUCAACAUCAUUCAUUUCGUUUAACAUCAUUAAUUUUUCCAGUUUUAUUAAGUUUAAUUCUCAUUAUGGGUGCUUUACUUUUAAUUAUUAGUAUUACUCGACUAAAUACAUGUCGUCAACAACGACUAGAACAAACUGAAGCACUUCUAGGAUAUAAACCAGAUAGUCAUAUAAGUCAAAACAAAAACCAGAAAACAUUACCAUGUAAUAAAACCAAUAUAUUAUCAUCAUAUGUAUGUCCAAUUACAUUUAUUCAUUCAUUAUCAAAUCCAUUUCAUUGUAUUCCAAAUCAUUCACGCUGUCUUAAGUCAGGUCAACAUAAUUUACAUUGUAAGUAUUAUAAUUUAGUUGAUCCGAUUUAUUGUCGUAUUGUAACACGUCAUUGGAUUGAAAAUGAAUUAAAAACUGAACCUAUAGAACGUUUUCAUAAUCCAAUAAAAAAUCAUUUAUUAUAA